AUGACCGUGCAGCGCCCGUCGUGGCCGCCGCUGUACUUCCCGCACUUCCACGGCACGGAGCCGGUGCCGCGGCCGGCGGGCGGCGCCUGGGCCCCGCUGGCCGCGCUGUGCUGGCCGUGGCAGCCGCUGCCGGCCGCAGCCGGGCCGCCCCGCUACGCCGCGCUGCCCGCGCCCGUGGUGCCGGAGCCGCCGCGCCUCUGCUGCCCUCCCGCAGCGCCGCGGGCCGGGGAGGCGGCGCGGCGGCCCCCGGAGCUGGCGCAGCUGCAGCUGCAGGAGGAGAUGUGCGAGCUGGGCAUCCGCCUCAAGGAGCUGGAGCUGGCGGCGCUCAUCGGCGACGGCUUCGAUGCCAGGCAGUAUAAAAUCCUGAAGGCACUGGAAGAAAAGAAGAUACAAAGCAUGAAAGCAAUGCAGAACAUGAAGUAA